AUGGCACACGCGCAUAAUGCUAUCAUACGAGGGCUGAAUGCUAUUCUCCAGCAGGCGCCGUAUGUACCCAUUGUCACGGACGAACACUUCAACGCACAGAAUGUCAAGGACCUUCUCUUCUACGUUCAGUCGUGGGCCAAGAUGGUGCAUCAUCACCACUGGGUCGAGGAGACUUACAUAUUCCCAGAUGUUGAGGAGUUUACCGGCAGGCCGGGGUUUAUGGAUGACCCGAAGCAUCAGCACGAGCUCUUCCAUGACGGACUAGAGAGGCUGCUUGCGUAUUCCUCAGCCACGAAACCCGAGGAGUACCGGUGGAAGGGAGCCGAUGGCAUGGAGGAAAUAAUUAACUCAUUCAGUAAGGAUUUGACCGAUCACCUUUACGCCGAGAUUGAUCUCCUCUUGGGUAUGGGAGACAUCGAUGGGGAAGGUUUGAAGAAGAUAUGGGAAAAGGCCCAGAAAGCUGCUAAGCAAGCAGGGAAUAUCGCGAUGCUUUACGAUAUCUUCCCCCUGGUGCUUGGCUGUGCCGACAAGACCUACGAAGGCCGCUGCGACUUUCCUCCCUUGCCCUGGGUGCUACCCUAUGUGGUCAAGUACUGGUUUGCCGCCGGUAAUGGAGCCUGGAGAUUUAAUCCAUGCGACUGGUGGGGUCAGCCAAAGCCCCUGGAGUUUGGUCCACGUUGA